AUGCAAAACUGGGACUUGUCGAAGCUCUCUCCUGGGCUCCGUGGAGCGCUUGCUCCCAACAAGAAGAAGCCCCCCCGCGGCAAGAUCAGGGGCGGAAGGAGCGGCAGCGACGCGACUCUUCUCUUCGACAUGUCCAAGGAGCACUUCGAGCACUGGGUGUGCCACGACGUGGUGGAGGGGCGGGGGUCCCCCGGCCAGGGGGGGUCACCGGCGGUGGCGGUGGUUACGCUCUCGACGGUGGUCUACCCGUUGCCCCUGCUGGCCCGCAACCCGGCCUACGCGUCGCACCCAAUCUUUCAGGCGGCGGCCGCGGGGUGGACCGCAGAAGUGGAGAAAAAUCCGGGGGGCGCGGUGGUGGGGCAGAGGGGGGUCGAGGCGCUCGAGACGCUGCUCACGAGGGUCGUCCUGAGGCCCACCCGGGAGCUGAGGGAGCGAGCGAGGGGGCUCGCGGAUAGGGUUCGCGAGAGGGCGAAAAAGUGGGGGGGGGAAGGGGGGAAGGGGGGACCGGUAAGGAUCGUCGGGCUGCACGUGCGGACGUACUUCGUCAAGGCUAUCAGCACCGCCACGCUGGAGAGAGACCUCCAGCACUUUGACGACUGCGCGGUGGCCGGCAGCGGCAGCGGCGACGGGGCAGGCGCCGGCAGUAGCACCUUCUACUUCGUCGCAACAGACGAGGCCAACACGCAAGCGGCCGCAAAGAAGGUGUGGGAAGACGGCUGCUAUUUCGAGCCGUUCACCCUCCCCGGGAGCAAGCUGGAGGGCAUCAAAGCCGCCUUCGUCGACCUGCUGGUGAUGGGGUCCUUCGACGACUACGUCAUGACCCCGCACUCCAGCUUCAGCGAGCUCGGCGCGACCCUCUCCCACACCUGGCUACCGGACCCCGAAGCGGCACUCCGGACGCCCCCGAACCGCCCCAUCGUGCCGCUCUUCCCGCAGACGAACGAGUUCGAGCGCCGGAAGGUGUUCUCCUUGCUGGACCGCCGGGCGGUGGAGAUUUUCCCGAGCGAUGGCGGGGAAGUUGUAGCCGCCGCGGGCGGCGCCGGUGCGGGCUCGAGUGGGAGAGGGAUGUGCAUGAGGGCGCACGCCGCGGGCAUGAGCGUGACGGUGGCCAUCGGGCGCCAGCUGCUGAGCAUGUUCGAGGCGAUCGAGGGAGCUCCUUGCAUGAAGGGCAAGGAGACGACCGUGGCUGAUUUAUGACCCUUGAGAUAGCGGGGGGUGGCGGCGGUCCAUUUGCCGGUCGAUUCGAAAAACCGAGGGGGCAGUAUUUUUUCGAUGCGGUGGGCCAGUGGGACUUCACUUAGUCGUGCGCGUGUACAUAACGACGGGAGUGAUUUCAAACGAAGCCCGUCAGUUCAGUUCACGGCGACCAUGCCGUGCGCCUUGAAUAUUCUGGGUGCUGUUUUUGCUGUCGACCGUCAUGAUCGGUGCGUUCACUUCUUUGGUGCCUGUAGUACUGGGGCAGUUGCACAGCGAACCCUUUCCUAAUGGGCCUAUUUCGACAUACGGCCGCUGGUGCCGUGAGCGUCUGGACUACACGACAGGCACAGCUACGGCACUGGGCAGCUCCCAGACAUCGAGGAUAAUUCUUCACCCUGAAGAACAUCCUCCUUUUGGAUAACUCAGCUCACCACCCGGCUUUACGCCUUUUCGGCCUGGGUUCUCGUUGCAGUGGCAGCACCUUGUGGUUGCGAUAUCUUUGCUUGUCUCCAAGCGGCGACUACUGCUGUGUGAACUUUUGAUACUCAACACAUGGUGACCACCAACGGAGCAGCUAGCAGAGAAUAGGAGACAGCCUUGCGAGUUUGGGUGACGAAGGUGGCUUGUUUUUUGUUUGGGAGAUCUUCGUCGGGAAGGUGUGUUGCCUUCUUCUUGGCGUACGCUUUGUUUGCGGUAUUGUUUCAUGGUAUGCACUUACCCUACGUGGGUUCUAACGAGGGCCCUUUGCGCGAUGUGAUCUCCUCGGCAUGCAGCUCCAUAUACUUCAACUUCAUGAAUACGUGUUCGGUUGCUCCAUCAGAUUCAACUCCCUCCGAGUCUACCCGUUAGACCAUGCCCACUUGAGGAGCGGAGGGAAAAACCACACUCCUGUCAGCGGGGGAGGGGGCAUACACUGUCGAAAGAACGACGCUGCUCGCAGCGGGCGGGAUAUUGAUCACAGACGAUGGCACUACGCUGUUUGCAGCGGGCGGGAAACCAUACACCGUGGAAGGUACUAUGCCGGCUGCAGCGGGCGGAAAAUUCGACACGGGGGCAUAUCUGUGGGCGGUGUCACCAGAAUGUACUACGCUGUUGGGAGCGGGCGGGAAACCAGAGACGGGGGUCGGCACAACGCUCGUCGGAGCGGAUGGAAGCACGACACUGCUGACAGUGGGCGGGAACCUAGACACCGUUGGAGGUACUACACUGCCGGCGCUGGCGACAGUGGGCGGGAAACGAGAAAACGAGGAAGAGGGCAUGUACGCUACACCUUGGGGAGAAUGCUGCAUGCGGGGGAUUGCAUGCAUCGUUGCAACACCAGUCACACUCACAACGUCUGCAGAGCGAGGGGGAGGCGGAGGUAACGGUGUCACCACGGGCGCAGCAAGUGGCGUCGUGUAAUCGGGCGGUAAACGAGUCGCUCUCAAGGAAGAACCACGCUCGCCACGGGGAAAAGUUAAUCCACCGUCAAACAGGUGGAUACCUAUAGGAUCCAUUUCAAUGCGUUGCCCUCCCAUGGCCUUGUGAAGCGAAAACAAAUUGUAACCCAUUCCCUCAACGUGAUACACGUUGGUGAGCUUCACGCAAAAAUCGUUUCCACCAUUGUGGAACUUGACGUUCAGGCUGCCGAUACCAAGCACAGGCAUCGUCCUACCAUCGCCAAUCACUACUCGCUCUCUACCAGGCGGAGGAAUCAUCACAUCGUACAUGCACCUCGGGUCACCGGUGGUGUGAUUCGUGGCGCCUGAGUCUGCAAGCCAAGUUUCGUCUCCUACACUCUCAUCAAGGACGUUCAUCAUUGCAUAUCCGUCGUCCCUUCGCUCUACUAGCACUCCAUUUUCAGACUCACUUGGAAAAGCCCACACCACACACGCAUGUAAAUCCCCACCAGUCGAUGGAGACGCUCCGGUCGAAGGCGCCGGAGGAGCGUACGGGUUGGAGAUGGGCUGCUGCUGUUGCACGGGGGGGGGAAGGUACUCCGGCUGCUGCUGUUGGGGCGAGUAAUGGUAAACGCCGCUCGCGUGCGUCACCGGAUUUUGGUAAACGCCGCUCACGUGCGUCACCGCAUGCGCCCCUGUAGAUGGAGCUGUCGUCGCCACCGCCGUCGCUCCUGCUGCUCCUGGCGCUACCCCCGGGUAACCCUCUCCGCCGUAUUGCUGCGCCGUAUUUGCCUGCCCAUACGAGUGUGCCCAAGGCGGCCGCUGGCUGUAACCACCGGCCGGCGGCCGGGGCGGCGGGUGCCUGGGCGGCGCGUUGCCUGCCGGCAUGCCAGCUGGCCUUCCGACAUCAACACGCGAAGGGCAGAACAGGUGGUUGUGGCCGAGUUCACCGCAGUUCUCACACCGCUUGCGAGGGUCAUUCGGGUGGAUGGGAGGUUCAUUUCCCUGUGGGCGGUACAUGUUGGGGGGGUAGGUGCUGUAGUCGUAGCCUUGCUGAGGUACAGGGUAGGCGGGGAGGUUGCUGCCGGGCGAUCCCUGGUGAAAAGGGCCCCUGCCCCUCCCACCGGAAGCGGCGCCACGUCCCCCGAAUCUUCCUCCUGCCGGCUGCUGCUGAUGACGUCCUCCUCCAGAAAAGCCCCGGCCCCCAUGCUGGGGCCCGUGCCUUCCGCCGUAGCUCGCACCUUGGCCGCCCGAGGGACCUCCCCAACCCCGCUGCAAGCGACAUUCCUCGUUGCUGUGGGACGGGGAGUUGUGGAGGUCGCAAUAUUUUAUUUCAGGCGGGUACGACGGCAGGUAUACCUGUUGCUGCUGGUUGAAGUACGGCUGAUGAUGAUGCUGUGGCUGCUGCGGUUGUUGCUUCUGUUCCCGCGCUGCCGUCCUCCGUUGUCCUCUCGUCUUCCCCGGUCCCCCCGUGUUCCCUCCCCCGCCACUACGGUUCUCACCGCCAGUGACGAGGGCAUAAGCCCCCACGCUCUCCUGCUUCUUCUUCCUUCGCGCCUCCAUCUCCGCCCAAGCAUUCACUAUAAUCCGUUCUACUCUCUCCUUCUCUAGACCGCUCUCGGACAUCAGAAAACCUGUGUAGACAUCAUAUUCGGGGAGGAGGUUGCGCACAAGAUGUCUGUUAGCAUCAUCCUCUGUAAUUGUCACUCCGCAAGAUGAUAGCCUUUGCCUCAGCACCCACCCUCUCGACAGGUACUCUUUCGGGUGUUGUUGAACCCCUUGCGUCAACUCCUGCCACUCUAGCUGGAGGCUCGUCUUUUCUGUGUGGGCAUGCACUUGAAAAUGAUUUCGAAAUAUUCGCCAUGACUCCGUUGGGCAACCACUAGAGAUGAUUGCUGGUACGAUCGAUGCAACUUGAAUCUUUGCCAGUAUUAACUGCCAGGCCUUCAUGGCCUUCUCUACGGCCUUCCUACCAUACUCCUCCUUCAGUUUGGGAAUGUCUGCAUCCGACUUCCCCACCCUGAUUGUCUCUUCUGAUACUAUUGCAUUCAGGCAAUCUUCUUGUUGCAACAGCAUUCGAAAUUGGCUCUCAAACACCUGUACUCUAACUUGAACAUCGCCACUGGAAUCUAACACACCCGUAAAUGGGGCUACAUGUAUUACAGGACUGACACGGAUGGUGUCCUUAGGGGUUACGACUUCCCUGGUUUCCUCCCCCGGGGUGUUGGUCCUUCGCAUUGCCCGUGCGAACGAAUCAACGAGACGGUCUUCCAACGAUCGUGGCUGGUCUUCAGGUUGCGGGUUCAACGCUGUUCCAGCCGGCCGAGCAUGCCGGGGAUCGCCUCCAUCGGGGGGCAUGUCCACGCUCUCUGAAGCGGGACGCUUUUCUUCUUGUUCUUUCAUCUUCUGUUGUACUUUCUUCUCCACCUCCUCUUUGAUGUGCGCCGCCAAUGCUUGGCGAUCCUCCUCAGUAUAGCUGCUGAGGUCGAGGGCUUCCUCCAUAAUCUACUUCUCUAGCCGACCCUUUUAUAGCUAGCCUCACCUCGGGAUCCCGUAUGAUAUCAGCACGCUAGCGUGUUAGGAUGAUCCGAACUGGG